GAGAGAGAGAGAGAGAGAGAGAGAGAGAGAGAGAGGAAACAGGAGCAUAUGCUCGCGCUGUGUUGGAGCAGUAACUUCUCCUCCUCCGGAUCCUCCGCUUCCUCCUUCUCUUUAUUCCUUUGUGUCCUCUCACUUGCGCGCGCUCACCUCUGUUCCACUAGUUUUGCUCGGGGUGGAUUGCGGCUGUUGCACCUAUCCUGAACGCGCACGCGCGCACACGCACGCGCACUGGUCAUCACAGGACGUCGGCUCGGACGCAGCAGAGGAAGAAGAGCAGCCGGCUCCCCCCGCCUCCCCUCCGGGCCCACAGGACUCUAUACUCCCCCCCCCCCACCUCAUCUCCCCCCCCCCCUCCCCCAGGUCACAACAUGUCGGUGACCAUCCCGGACGACCGGGCGUUCGCCGGCUUCAAGGCGGAGUGCCUGUGCGAGGAGGGCUGGAGCCCGAACCACAGCAAGGGGGGCAUCACGGUGUGGACCCAGGGCCUGGAGGAGGGCCGCUCCAUCCACAAGAUCAAGUGUCGGAUGGAGUGUAAGGCCGUGUCGGCCGACACGAUGUACGACGUUCUCCACGACGUCGAGUACCGAAGGAAAUGGGACACGAACGUCAUCGAGACCUUCGACAUCGGGAAGCUGACCGUCAACGCCGACGUUGGCUACUACUCGUGGAAGUGUCCCAGUCCGCUGCGGAACAGAGACGUCGUCACGCUGCGCUCCUGGCUGCAGAUGGGGAAAGAUUACAUCAUCAUGAACUACUCAGUGAAACACGCUAAGUUUCCCUCUAAGAAGGAGCGAGUGAGAGCCGUCUCCAUCCAGACCGGAUACCUGGUCCAGAGCCGGGGGCCCUCAGACUGCACCCUGACCUACAUGGCAGAGGUGGACCCCCGAGGUUCGUUACCCAAGUGGGUCGUCAACAAGUCUUCCCACUUCCUCGCCCCCCGCGCGAUGAAGAAGAUCAGCAAAGCCUGCCUGAAGUACUCCGAGUGGAAGCAGAGACACAACCCCGGCCUGAAGCCCUGGCUCUUCCCCGAACAGACUACAUUACCCAGCAUCCCUCUCUCCGAGCUCAGCAUCCAGAACGCAGAGAGCCUGGAGAAUAUAGACGAGAGCUCCGUGGCCGAGACCCAGGACCGCGAGGACAGCGACUAACGCACACUCACACACACACACACACACACAUACACAUACUCACACAUACUAACACAAUCACACACACUCACACAUACUCACACACACACACACUCACACACACACACACACACUCACACACACACACACUCACACACACACACAUACUC